GCGCACUUCAGUCGCUAGAGGGCGCUUUAACCGUGUAGGACGUGUCUUCGCGCAACUCCGUGACUCGCAGAGCACGCACGCACCUCCUCAGCGUCAACAUAACUGCGCAAUCGUAUACGACCUUCCACCGAACUUGGAACCACGCGCGUGUCUUGACAGUCGUGUGUUUGGCGGGAAUCGUGAUAUUGUUUUCGUUUCGAUCGUACUCGAUAUCGGAGUCGUUUCGGCGGCUCCCCACUGUGUCGGCGCACAGCAUAUUGGUGCUUUCGGGCCGUGUGCAAUAACGUUUUCGUCGAAAUAUAUUUUUCUGUGCCGAUCUCAGAGGACCGAGAGUGAUACAUACAUGUUUGUGCAUCACCAUACGCAAAUGCGUCAUUGUUGGGAAGGUACAGGACCGCCACGCAGUCAGUUUUAAAUCUUGGAAAACGACGUCGUAAUCUUAGCGGGAACACACGUCGAAACACGCUUGCCGUCUCUUGGAGCUCACGCGCAAGUGCGUGCAACGUUGCCGGUUCGUUCUUUCCCGCGGGCUAUAGCCAUGAAUUUGUGAGAGACAGAAGAAAAAAGGAUACUAAAAUUUCAUUCUACGAUCGAUUGUUUACAAUCAUCUUACCCGUGCCAAGCGUGGAACUAUGUACCGAACUGUGAGAAAGUCCGAGAUAUUCGUCGCCGUCGUUUUGCUAUCUUGCCUCUUGCUCUCUCACCGUGGUGCGCAAUAGUGUGUUUACCGUGUUGCCAAACUUUCCGGUUUUUCUCGUGCACGCCGCUUAGCUGAUCGAUGCUGCGUAUACUCCGACUCGAAAUAUAUCCACCGAUUCACGGAUGUGUGCCGUGAAAAAUCAUCGUCGCAAAGUGUUUGUCGCAUCCGUGAACGAGUGAACGAUCAACGUAGUCGCGAGGCGACGCUCGGAGCACGGCCAUUAUUCGAAAUUCGGUGGGUCGCGCCACGACAACGUUGCCACGUUUUCGCAAGCCGCGAGUAUUUCAACGUUCUGUGGACGAUUCCUGGAAGAAUCAUCUCCGUAAACGAGACGCAUCAAAAUCGAUACGGAAAAAAGAACGAUUUCUAACGUUGUGCCGUGCGCGUGUUGAAAUCAAACGAAAGUGUGGACCGGUGUGCCCCGGAUCGCGUACCGAACACAGACCGGUACGGACAGACGAGAGUUUCGAUUUCGAGAAAAAGGAACGGACGCUGUUUCUUCGGAAAAAAAAAGAAAACAGUGGUUGGGGUUAUUGGUAACUGUGAAGGAGAACGCGGCGACGUUGAUAACGUGAAAAGACUAACGAAAUAUGAGCGCACGAGUGUUGAAUCCGGUGAUGAUGACGGAAAUGAGUAGGAAUUUGGGUGGAGGACGAACGGUGCCGAGCAGAGCAGCCCUUGCCCGUGUCCGAAGGGACCUUUUCGGACCCGUCGAUCACGCCGCGGCUCGAGCAUUGGCGGAGCGUGAACUUCGCGCUCAAUCCAUACUCGACGCCGAGAGAUGGGGAUUUGACUUUCACUUGGAGAUACCGAAAGCUAACUCGAGGUACGAGUGGGAGCUGGUUACAUCUAAGGAUGUAGUUCCUGAACCCUACGCCCUUAGAGGUAUGCCCUACUUAAGGAAACACGCGCCUAGUACGCCUAGAAAGGUACGGGACUCGCCGCCAGCCACCAAAUUUCAUCGUAAAGAAUCUCCCUCGACUCCGAUUCUCCAAAAAGCCGAGAGAACGCCACCUCAGGAACCAAGAGUACCGCAAAUCGGCGAAGUCACCAUGAACGAGAUAUUCGACUUUGAACCGGACAAGAAGAUGUACAUCGUCGAACCAACUACCCCUGUUUUACCAACGAGGAAACAGUCCACCAUAACCGACUACAUGAAAAGUCGUAAGCGUAGCCUAAACGGUAGCACGAAGAGCAUGAUAGAGCCACCGGAGAAGAUGGCCCGUAACGCGGGUCAGAUACGCAGCUAAGAGGCCUUCGAGCUUCCUUCUUCAGCCUCGAUGUCUUCUUCCAUCAAGUUAGGACCGGAAACGCGCCGCAUCGCUGCCAGGAGGAACGGAGAAACGCGAAGAAGAGCUUUCUGGCAGAGGAGAGGUGCUAGGUCCGUUGGCUGUGCCAUUCAUGUUAGAUUUAUCCACCAUGGUUAACGGGUGGGGAAUUAAAAGAUAUAAAAAGAAAAAAACCCGAAAACGCAUGAUAAAAUAAUACAGUGCCGUUUUUCGUUGUCGUGCACUUUCGUAACCGUGUCAGGAAAAUUGCAAAGUGGCAACAACAAUUGAUAACAACGACCAGAUACGAUGGACAACAAGAGGAAGAACGAUAUUCCAUGGUUGUUGCUAUCUUCUCUUUUCUUUUCCUUUUUUUUUCUUUUUUUUUUUUCUUAAUUUGAUAUAUACAUAUGUGUAAUUCAUCGUGUCCGUAUCUUCUUUUGCAGUAGGAUAGGUAGAGUAACGUUUAGGGUACAUACAGGGUGUCCUGAGUUUUUCCUGGGAUUAUUUUGUCGAUGAAAAUGGGAAACAGUGUUGUAUAAAAGUUGAAUUUGAGAUUUUUUUUGUAAAAUUAUAGGUAAACCGAAGGUUUAUGUGUUCGUAGUAUCCUAAAGGGUGUAAAAAAAAUAUAUAAACUGUGUGAUAUAAGGAAAGGUUUAUAGACGUCUUUUUUAUAACAUCUUUUUCUUAUUUUUAUUUAUUUGGUUGAGAAAAACCUGGGACACCCAACGUAUACAGGGUGUCAGGUAACUGGUGAUGAUGCUACGUACAAUAAUUUCAAAAUUUAUUAUAUAUCCUUACGAAUUCGAGGGUCACAUGAGAAUUUUCAAAAUUAAUUUGCAUCAUCAGUUACACGAUACACCCCGUAUAUAAGGCGAGGAAGAGAGUGAAAGGUUUCAUGAAAUUGAUUAAUGUAAUAUAUUGUUCGUUCGGCGCAGACACGCAGCAAGGGUGGAUGAACGAUGUUGUUGCACACAAUACAUAAUUAUGAGCAUAAGGAGACAAGAAAUAUAUAAAUAUUUUGUAGGAUACCUAUAAAUUUUAAGAAAGAUAUUAGGUAGUAAUCGUAGGUGCAGUUUCUGCUCGAGUCUGGUCUGCAAAUUUAAUCUCCGCGAAUCUUCAAUGACCUUUCCUCCUUGUUGAAAAUCCGCGGAUUACUCAAUGCCAUAAAAAAAAAAAGAAAUGGACACAAAAUUAAACCAAUUUCGCGGUAGUUUCGAUCGACAAAGUCCUUGAAAUUAUCGCGAAAUUAUGAAAUAUCAAAAAUAAUUUUUAUAUGUUUGAAAAUACAGUAAAAGAAAAAAAGACCAGUCUCGAGAAUGAUAAAUUGGGGAAAAAAGAUAUGAUUUAGAUUACAGCUCGUUACCCAUGUUUAAGCAUUGAUCUCCUGUACGACAUUAAGAAAGUACAGCCGAUGCCAAAUCACCCCCGCGAUUUUCUUAUACUUUAAAGAAUGAACCUUUAUCGUAUUUGGCUCUACUUUACCCUCCAUCUUCUCCACCUUCUUCCUCUCCUCAUCAUCCUGUGAAUCAUACAUUAACCCUUCUAUAAGUAAUCGGACGCCCAUUUCCAUAUUUCCCAUUCUCAAAGUAUCAUAAAGCCGCUACGAAUCCCGAUUCUUUGGACAUUUUGAUGUUUUCAAAAUAGAAAUUUUAUACAUCGAAACUUCAGUGGGUAAUAAGGUACCCGGUUGCCUACACAAGGAUUGAUACUAUUCAUCGAGUCUUAACACUUUGAGGGUGACUUUGAUGCUUUAAUUUUUUAUUUCUAUCAAUUAUAAUUUGGCAGAAUAAAUUAUAAAAGUUGUCAAAUAUAAUUUUAUCGAUCAUCUUCACAAGCCCAUCAAGGUGUUAAGUGUAUCCGGAAAGCUAAAGCUUCGUGAAGAUUGUAAAAUUUGAAUACAUUUGAUCGAAAUUAUUUCGUGGAAAGUAUCAGAAUCAUUAUUUAUAUUUGUACCAUCAACAAUCGUGUUUCAAGUGAAUUAUUGUAUACAUAUAUUUUUGUAUAUCGCGGCCGUGGAAUACAAUCUUCACGCAACUUUUCAAUGAAUUCUUCUGCAUCGAUUUAUCUCAUGCAUUUCGUGUUUCUUUUUUAAACGUUUUUUAUAAUCAGACUAUAGGCAUUGAAUGAUAAUUGCGUGAGAAAAAUCGUUCAAAGCUCUCCAAUACCGUGGAAAAAGAAGAUUGAUCUUCUUUGUCUCGAAAUUCGCAUAAACCGGAAGUCAUCAACUAUUUUCAUGAGUAAUAAAAAUCAUAGUUUCCGGAGUUCUUUGAACGGUUCUUUGGACACUACGCAACUCUGAAAGGAUUUCUUUUCUUUUUGUUUUUUUUUUUUUUUUUUUUUAUUAACAACGAAAGUAUAGAAUUUUGGAACGAACCAAAACUUUCUUGUUCGUCGCGAUGCGUUUAAAUGUAAAAUGUAUGAUUGUAUAUCUUAAAUGAUAUAAUGAUUUUAUUAAUGGUAGCUGAUUUAUUACAAGUUUUUUUUUUCUUUUUGUUUACGAUAAUUUGUUUAAAAGGCCAUACCUCUUGAAGUACCCAAGCCCCCUGUUGUCUUUCCCGGAUUUCCGUUCGCUCUUUUCUUUCUCCUCCCGCCCCCUUUAUAAUGAGAUUAUCAUUCAAAAAUACGACUGGUGGUUACAAACUAUUUUUUUUUCGUAGUUCACACAGGCGAAAUGUGCUAUCAACGAUAGAAUCGAUGGAAUUCUUAUGGUCGUUUUUUUCAUACAAAUUUAAAGGGACGUUUCAGUACAGGAUCUUUUUAAUCCUCGCAAUACGAAUGAAGGAGCAUUUUGGCUGGUUUACAGAUUUCUUUUGGGGUAUAAAUUAGUAAAGUAAAUUUCAUCUUUGUUUUAAAAUCAUCACGACGAAACAAAAGGGAUUGAGCGAGGAUAAUUAAAAAGGUCCUGAUGAAUUGAAACUCGACGAUCAACAGCAAACCAAUGGAAGAAAAUUAUAUUUUCACCUUAAACUGUAUGAAAACAGAAAAAGAAGAAGAAAAAUGGAACGACUAUAGAAUCUCGUUAGAUCUGAAAGGGUCAAAGCACAGUCUGCCAUCGGGGAAGCAAACGAAAGGGAAGAAAAAAUGAAAAAAAUAGUAAAAAGAGAAUAAUUCUUUACGUCUAUGUAACCCUGUGAUGUAUUAGUAUGAUCUCAGUAAACGUAACUUAGCGUGUACUUCUUAUUUGUAAUAAGUAUAUUAGAUGUGUAUGUGCGUUCCCAAGCGUGACGUAAAGCCCCAGUAACAAAAACAACAAAAAAAAAAACAGAAAAAGAUGAAAAAAUAAGAGUAUGAAAGAUUGAAUACAUGGACGGUGUUUGUGUGAGCGAAUGUUGACAAAAAGAA